CGUGCACGUCUAUUCUAUUCAUCUCUCAAGUCAAACGAUGGUGUGAGACUGGGGGAGAGCAUACAUACUGGACUUGGGGUGGAUGGAUGCCAACAACUGAGAGAAGAAGGUGUUUGGUUAAGUCAUCGAGCGACAGCCUGAAAGGUGCGCGCGUUCAGAUGCUCCGCUGGCACGGGCUUUUUUCCCUGGCAAGAGAGAGAUAACGGGAGAUGCUGCUGGAGUUGCUUUUGUGCCGUUCCGCUCUCUCUGCAUUUGCCUAAGGGAGAUGUGAAGAGGCUUAAAGUAUGGCAUGCAACGAUGGUUUCUGCCAAGAAGGAGAUGGUGACUGCGAUGUACCCCAGUUAUAUUUCGACUCUCUUCUACCUUUUCUGCCUGACUGCUUGUGUAAAGAGAAUCUCUGGAACGAUAAAAAAGGAUGAGAGAAUAUACCCUGAGAAUUUCACACGCAUUUUAGACCGACUACUGGACGGGUAUGACAACAGACUGCGACCUGGAUUUGGUGGUCCAGUGACAGAGGUGAAAACAGACAUUUAUGUGACAAGUUUCGGGCCUGUCUCUGAUGUUGAAAUGGAGUACACCAUGGACGUGUUCUUCAGACAGACAUGGAUGGACAGGAGGCUGAGGUAUGAGGGGCCUAUCGAGAUCCUCCGCCUCAACAACAUGAUGGUCUCCAAUGUGUGGACUCCAGACACCUUCUUCAGGAAUGGCAAGAAGUCUGUGGCCCACAACAUGACUGCCCCCAACAGGCUAUUCCGCAUCAUGAAGAACGGCACCAUUCUUUACACCAUGAGGUUGACUAUCAGCGCAGAGUGUCCCAUGAAGCUGGUUGACUUCCCCAUGGAUGGACAUGCAUGCCCUCUCAAGUUUGGAAGCUAUGCAUACCCUAAAACAGAGAUGAUCUAUACCUGGACCAAAGGACCACAGUAUUCAGUGGAGGUUCCCCAAGAAUCCUCCAGUCUAGUGCAGUACGAUCUCAUUGGCCACACUGUCAGCAGUGAAGAGGUCAAGUCAAUCACAGGUGAAUACGUGGUGAUGACAGUGCACUUCCACUUGAAGCGGAAAAUGGGCUACUUCAUGAUUCAGACGUAUAUCCCCUGCAUCAUGACAGUAAUCCUCUCMCAAGUAUCCUUCUGGAUAAAUAAGGAAUCAGUCCCGGCUCGAACAGUCUUCGGCAUCACCACAGUCUUGACCAUGACCACGUUGAGCAUCAGCGCACGCCACUCCCUCCCCAAGGUCUCCUACGCCACAGCCAUGGACUGGUUUAUUGCCGUGUGUUUCGCCUUUGUCUUCUCCGCCCUCAUCGAGUUCGCUGCCGUCAACUACUUUACCAACGCAGAGAUGGAGAGACUGAAAAGGAAGCCGKCAAAAUGCCCKCCGGCGCCCCAAACAACCCCAGUGAAAGUGAAGGAUAUGGAGGAAGUUCUGCAGCAUAACCCUGACACCAACGGUAACGCAGACACCAACGGUAACCUUCGAAAACGGAUGAACUACAUGUCCCAGCAAGACAUCCAGAAAGCUGAGUCCAACAGCGAAGCAGCUACAGGGGUAACCAGGAGACAACCCCAGUCUGGCCAAUCGUCUUCAUCCACGGGGUCGACUGGGGACGCCAUCAUCCUACCACACUCCAGCCCCGGCCCUGCCAGCCAACCGAACACCUCCUUCACCACCCUGUCCGUCAAGAACACGCCCCCAGCUCCACCCACCACCCCGACAAUACCAGCCAAUCAGAGCCAGCCCAACGCUGACUCCUCCCUCCAGGACCUCCUAGGACCUAGACUGGAGCACAUUCAACUGAUGGGUAAAAAUGAGCCCAAGCAGUCGCCAUGCUCCCAGCCGACCACCACCGGUAUGGGCGGGACCAGUAAAAUCGAUAAGUACGCUCGCAUCCUGUUCCCAGUGUCCUUCGGAGCCUUCAACAUGGUCUACUGGGUGGUUUACUUGUCCAAAGACACCAUGGAGGCCAAAUUUCGAGGCCAAAUCUAGUUUCUAGUGGUGAUCUUGGGAAUCAUUUUCUACACAAUGUAUAGUGACGGGAUAACAACAAUGGGUUCUCUUGAAUCCUAUCAGAGCUCUGGAGAAACGGAAGAUGACAUGACAAGGAAACCAAACAUGCUGGACAAGAGCCUUAAAUAAUUACACCUAGGAAUACUAAUCUCAGAACAUCUGUUUGUUUCAUUUUCUAGAGGGCUUCUGAGAAUGAGCAUGGGAACACAACCAUUCCAAAUAUGUGAUAUUUGUUUGAUUCAGACAACUAGGCCAUACCCUGAGUGGCCAUAUCCAAUAUGCAAUACAGUAACGGUUUGAUGGAUUGGUUAGUUGUUUUAAUGUUAGUAAGUACCCUCGCUGAAGCAAAAUACAGUAAUACCUGAUCUUAGCGAAACCUGCUAAUAGAUCCCUCUAGUCUUAGCAGGCGUUGCUACAAUGACAAAGGAUUAGGAGUCACAAUAUCGCUGAGGGUGAGCCGGACACACUACAAGUCACAAGGUGUCAAGAAGAACAGAGAUGCAUUGACAAGCAGAUUUGGGGUGUAUUUUCUCCCUUACCCAGAUAUCUACUGGUGUUUAUCAGUAUGUGGUCAUUUUGUUCUGGUAUCAGAAGUAGAUCCAUUUUGUCCACUCCAAUCUACUUUGCACUCCCAAGCCUGUACAGCGAACCUCGACCAAGCUUUGUUAACAAGCGUAGAAUGAGGUUACCAUACAUGCUGGCCUACUUUGCUCAGUACCCUACAAACAACAUUUCCAGGAGAGGUUCCUCUAAGCCCAAUUAGUUCAAUAUUUUGAGUACAUUCCCUCCAACAACAUUCUAGGAAGUCUUUGGUUGAAUGUUCAACUAUGAAAUUGUGUUUUUCUUUUACGUAGUCUGUUUCUGGAACAGUGUAUUCAUUAAACAUGAAAUAAGAAUAUUGAUAACUCACAAAGGAAUAUAUUGUAGGAAUCUGGUGAAACCCUUUGUACCCUUUCAUGUACAGUACGGUACCUGUUAAUGUCCAUCAUGAGGUCAGAGGAAGGGUCAUUCCCCAUAUCAGAAUUUGUUACAUUGGACGCAUAGUAGUUGCAUUCUACACCAUCAGAGACCACAAGUUAUGUUGGUUAGGGACUUGAGAGAUGGGGAGGAAAGUGUAUAGUGCCUAUGCAAUUCUCUCUGGGCGUUAGGUAUMAUUUCAUAGUGCAUUAGCCUUGAGUGCUGAGGGUCUUUAGGGUCCUAUACCAACUUUGGACAGCUUUCCACUGAUAAGGUACAAAGUUCAACAUUUCUCAGUCCUAAACGUGCUAUGUCCAUUGCAUCUAUGCAACCUCUUAUAGUAAAAGUAUACUGCUGUCUAUCCCUGAGGACAACUCAUCUCUUGUUAUCAGCUGAGGUGAUGUCAUCUACAGAGGCAUGGUUAGUGACUAUCCUGAUGCCUGGUUUCCUGCUAAUGGCUAUUAUCACCCAGACAGGUCUUACAUAGUUGGCCCCUCAGUCACUGUUGACAUAAUAGUGCAUUCAUUUCCUGCAGGUGGGGCUCAAAAUAGAGAGGCUGAUAGACAGAUCAAGAUGUCUGCCUCAGCCUCAUGUCUCCUUGAUGCACUCAUGUGUGAAAUUGAUUCUGCACUCCCAACUACACACACACACAAUCACACAUACAACAACACACACACACUCUUUAAGGAACUUUCGCAACAGGUGAGAUGGUGUUUUUUGAUGCAUUUCUGUGUGUUCUAUUUCCCAGCUGUCCCCAUUUAUUUUCUCCAUCUCAAUAAAACACCUUGCCUAGUGAUUGAUUGUGGGUGUCACGGGCAGUUUGCCUUGCUUGUUGAAAUAAUUUCAGGCUAGACGGCGGCCGGCUAAUGAAAGUUGGGUCUUACCUAAAGAGUUCCUGGUUGCUGUUUGGGAGCAACAGAACAGAGGAGAAGUGUAGCGAGUCUAGUGUAUAUAUGCAGAGAGCUCUUGCAGAGGAUGUGGUUGACUGGUUACGUCUGAUACAAAAGCAUCCCCCUGGGUGUUCAGCCACACUACAGCAGAGGGGGAGGGAGGUCAUUAUGCUGACCCAGUAAAGGAACACAUCGACAUCACUGUUUUAUUCGUACAGGCCCUCAGUAUGUUGUUUGGUCUAUGUCUUGAAUAUCUAAAUGAGACUGCUUAGAAGAAGACCUGCGGAUAUGAUGUGUUAACUCACCGCAAACCUAGGCCUAAUCUGUCCACCGCUUAAGCACAAUGGUUGAAGUUGAAUAAAUGUGGCCCCUAAAGAAGUUCUCAGAGACAUGGUCCUGAAGGUCAGUAGAUCAAUUUAUGGGACAUAAGUUAGUUAUAAAAGCAAUGUACUUUCAAUUCAAUAAUAUGUGAGAUUACUUUUCAGUGUAAUUGUGUCUUACACGAAAGACUUGUGGGGUUUGUGUUUUUAUGCGGCAAGCAUCAUUUCAGCUUGGAAAUCACAUUAGGCUUUCCUCCACCAAUUUGAACAUGUCUGUCAUACUGGACUCAGCUACUGAGCUUUGUCUUUGUUUUCUGUUUUAGGGAUGAUUUCACAGACCUAGAUAAGCCUAUUCCUAUCUACUGCCACUGGAAGAGAGUCAGAUUUGGUAAUUGACUUAGCAAUGUAAGUCUUUGUCUCUGAGAGUAACUGGAGAUAGAUUUGUUUUCAUUGUGCAAGCAGUUAUGUGAGCAAAUAUCCAUAAACGCUCCUUGGACUGCCUCCAGAACCAAGCCCAGGCGAGGAAUAAAACAGCAAGAAGGAUUGGGAUGGCAUACACGUAGGUGGAAUAAAAAAGGCAUUGUUACUUCUUUCCAAGAGGUCAACCCUCACACAAAAUGGUGAACUCCUCCUGACUGUACAUACUCACAACACUAACCGAAUGUCUUUGUACAAAAUACUGACGUUGUGUGUUUUUGUAGUCAAGAGAAUAUUUACCAUUGCGAUUGGCUAUGCAAGACUAACAUGUUAAAAUUGUGAUAUAGUGCAGGUGCCCAUUCUGGGUCUUCUGAGAGGAAGUGACAUCACUCUCAGCCAAAUAAACAGAGUGCAUAAUGUGA